AUGUUACACGUUGAAUACCACCAUGAAGAUGGAACAAUGGAAUUACUUAAUAUUCCUAUUACACAAACAACAGAAAGUGAUAUUUUGAGAAUUGCAAACAUUGCAGAUCCUGAAAAUUAUGAAAUAAUAACAAAAAAUAAUGAAAAACCAAGAUAUAUUGAUGGAGAGUCAUUAAUUCUUCAUUUAACCAUUGAAGAAAAUGUUAAAAGAGAUAUUAAUGUUUUUCAACAGAUUGGUUCAGUUUUACAUAAACAAUUAAUGUUCAAUUUAAAAUCAAAAUUUAUUGAUAAACAAUACAUCACCCUUUUUAUUGAAUAUGGAGGGGUAUUAAAAUUAUUUGAUUCAAUUGCUCAAUCUGAAGGAAACACUCAAAGUUAUGCUUUAAAUGCGUUAUUAGUAUUAAUGUCAGAUGAAAUAGGGUUUAAUGCUGUAGUUCAAUGGGAACAUGCUAGUGACAUUUUAUAUUCUUUAUUAACAAAAGACACUGCUGCAACUAUUUCUCGGCAAGCAGCAGAAAUAUGUACAGUAUUAACUACCUUUUGUGGGUCUGAUGGUAUUGAAGAGGCAGCUGGAAAAUUUGCUACAAAAAAUGGAAAAAGAAAGUUUGAAAAUUUAGUAGAGUUGGCAUUGUCUGGAGAUAUCCAAACAUCAGAAAAUGCAAUGCUUCUUAUAGACUCAUUAAUGAUAGGAGAGACUAAAGAUACAAUCAUUUUAUUAAUUAAAGAGUUUGAUGUUUUAAAUAAAUUAAAGUCAUGUAAUUCUGAAAUUAUUCAAAGGUGUUUAAAAAAUAUUAAUACAGAAAUUGUUGGAGAAACUGGAAAAACAAAAAAGGGAUGGGAUGAUUUAAAGUUAUUAAGACCAGAAAUGAAUGAAAUAGAGAAUGAAAGAAUUUUAUUAGACAAAGAAUAUAAUAAAUUAUAUAGUGAAUUAAAACAAUUAAAAGAAAAAGAGAAAGUUAUUAAAAGUGAUAUUGUAAUGAAAAAUACUCAAAUUAAAAAACUUGAAGAAGAAGAAAAAGAAUUAAAUAAUAAAAGUAUUCUUAUUGAAGAAAAAAUUAAAAGUAUUUUAGAAUAUCCUUCAAGAGAAACAAUGAUUAAUGAAAUUAAAAGUAAUAAAAAAAUUAUUGAUGGAUUUGAAUUUGAAAGGACAUUAUUAAAAAAUAAACUUGCUGAUAUGGAAUUUAGAGAAAAACCUCAAAUUCAAAUAGAAGAUGAAGUUACUAAUGUUUUUGAUGAACAAUUAACAAACCCACCACCACCUCCUCCACUAAUGCAAGGAAAAGGUCCUAUUAAUAUUGAAGGAAAACACUGUAUUGAAGGAUAUUUAAGAAAUGCAUUUGUAUUAUUACAAAGUAGAAUCAAUAAUUCAUUAUUAUUAAAAAGUAUUAAUGGAGAAAAUAGAGACGUUGAUGAACAAACAAUGAUGAUUGUAAUGAAUAUAAUUAAAAGAGCUAAUUUAAAAGAUUAUGAAAAUAUUACUUCAUUUCAAGAGUACUCUACACUUGAUCAAUAUGCUCUUAAAAUUUUGAAAGAGCCUUUUAUUAAUCAAAAAAUUCAAAUCAGUAUUCAAUGUAAUCAAGUCCAUAAUAAAUUGGAUGAUCUUUUAACUCCAUUAAGAACAAUAGAUGCUGCUUGUAAUGCAGUAAGAAAAUCUUCAGCAUUAAAACCUGUACUUGCAACACUAUUAAAUAUUGGUAAUUUUGUAAAUAGUGGUUGUAGUCAAUUAGAACGAGCAGAUGGAUUUGGAAUGGAAAUUCUUCCUCUACUAAAAUUUAUUGGAUCAUCUCAAACAUACGCUGAAUUUUUGACAACCUCAGUUGAUGUUAAAAGUGUAGAAACAGAAUUAAAAGUAUGUUGUGAUGUUAAUGACGACCUUCAAAAUGUUAUUACCUCGUUAAAACAAACAGAAACAUCAAUAGUUGGAAUUAAUAAAAUCUAUGCUGAUAUGAUUUCAUCUGGUAAUAACUUCGAUUCUAUCAAAAAAGAAAUUGACAUUAUUACUAAAAAAACAAGAAGUUAUCUUCAAAAAGCCUUGCAAACGGAAAAACUAUUCAAAGAGACUUUAUUCUUUUUUACUGCUGAUGAAAAUGCUUCUAACAUUUAUACUACCUUAACAUUUUUUGGUAUAUUUGCUGAGUUUAUUACAGCACUCACUCUUGCUGCUAGAGUAGAAGAAAGUAGGCAAAAAAUUAUUAAUGAAGAACUUAAAACUAAUUCUUAUGCUCCUGGAUCAAACGAAGACCCAAUGACUCAAAUUAUUGCACAAUUAAAAUCUGGACAAAUUGGAAAACAAAUGCUAAAGAAAUAA